AAUAAAAAAAAGCUUCCAUCACCGUCUCUCUUUAAAUUUGCAGAAUACAAAGACGAUUCGCAGAAACUCCCCAGAGCCCAAACUCUCCCGCUAAACUCAAAAUCUCUCCAUGUCGCCGAGCUCGAGCACAGCACGUGCCGGAGCCUCGCCGGUCGAGGCCUUCAGGUCGCCGCCUUCGAUAACUCCCGGCGAGCCUAGCGACUUCUCCUGUUCCUCCUCUUCAUCCUCCAUCUCACACAUCACGCAGGCCUUUCCUUUCUCUUCUGGAAACCCUAGAAUUGAAGAGACCAGAGGCAUCAUGCUCCUCUACCGCGACGAUGACGUCGUCUCGUUCUCUCCGUCUAAUCUUCCUGUUGAAAGGAAGCCGCUUGUUUGCGUACUUGGAGUGCCGAAUCACAUGACAUAUGCUGACUUCUGUAGAUUCUGUGGUUCCUUCAUUCAGCAUAUAUUGGAGAUGCGGAUUGUCAGGACCGAUGGAAUGGAGGAUCGUUAUAGCAUUUUGAUUAGGUUUGAUAGUCAGGACUCCACAGAUCAUUUUUACAAGCACUUCAAUCAGACCCGGUUCUCAUCACUAGAGGUGGAGGUCUGUCGCAUACUUUUCACGGUAGAUGUUCAAUACACUGGUUCAAUAGAACAUGCACAGGCAUCCCCCUGUAGCUCAACCGAGCAGCCAUCAUGUCCAGUCUGUCUUGAGAGACUAGACCAAGAUAUGAGUGGAAUUCUCACAACUAUCUGCAAUCAUUCUUUCCAUUGCUCUUGCAUUUCAAAAUGGACCGAUUCUUCUUGUCCUGUAUGUCGAUAUUGUCAGCAGCAGCCUGAAAAGUCCAACUGUUUCAUUUGUCAAACUUCUGAGAAUCUCUGGAUGUGUAUUAUCUGUGGCUUUGUUGGUUGUGGGAGGUAUAAAGAAGGGCAUGCCAUAAGACAUUGGAAAGAAACACAACAUUGCUAUUCCCUUGAAGUGGAAACGCAGCGUGUGUGGGAUUAUGCAGGAGACAAUUAUGUUCACCGCCUUAUUCAAUCUAAAACUGAUGGAAAAUUGGUUGAAUUGAAUUCACACUGUCGGAAUGCUAAUGAUUUCAAAGGAAGUUGCGAGUGUGUAGAUUCUGGAUUCAGUGAGGCUCUUUUGAACAGUAAAGUAGAAGCUAUUGUUAAUGAGUACAAUGAACUGCUUGCUACUCAACUUGAGAACCAAAAAAUGUAUUUUGAAUCGCUACUUCAAGAAGUUAAAGAAGGAAGUGAGAGAGAAAUUUCUAAAGCUGUAGAAAAGGCUGUGCCAGUGAAGAAAAUGCAGGACAAGCUGGAUAGAUGUGUAAAUGAGGAGAAAUUUCUGGAUGAGCUUAAUGAUAAUCUUUUGAAAAAUCGAGAAGCUUGGAAAGCAAAGAUACUUGAAGUUGAAGAGAGGGAGAGAAAGGCUUCGAAACUGAAGGAAGAUAAAAUAAGCAACUUAGAAGAGCAGCUCAGGAAUUUGAUGCUGUACCUCGAGACAGGGAAUACAGUAGAGUCUUCAAAUGAAACAAAGAAUGAUAAUGUCUUGCCAGUAUCGAUCAACUCAUCUCAGCCAUCCAAUAUCAAAUGAUCAGAUGGAAGAACGUGAAGUUUGAAGGAUGAAGGGUCGCUCUUGUACCAAGUUUGAAUGGUAAGGGCGACCGAUGUGAUUUACUUAAAUUCAACAUGGUGUACAUACAGUAACAUAUCAAAAAUAUGGGGAUGGCUGUUGGACAUACACAACAAACCUUUAUGGCUGAUGCGUGGUUAGUUAGAUAUUGUACAAAUAUAUUCGAGGUUUAAAAUUUCAUGUAUUUUCUGUACAAUUGGUAAACUAACCUUUAUGAAGUUGGUGGAACUCAUGCCCUUGAUAUCUUAA